CAGGUAAAAUCACUGGCGGUAAUAUAGAACAGUGCCCUGAUUGGCUGAUACGCAAUCCCUCUCCAUCCCUAUGGAUGCUUGCUGCUGGUCAUUGUAUUGAUAAACUGCUUGCUUAUUCACUCGCAUCCAGCGUCUUCGCUUUGGCUGGAGAAAUAUUAGGCUAAAUUAAUUCAGUAUUGGCGUUAUCAUAGUGAAUAAGAGAGGAGGAAAGCAAACAACAUGACCAUCAGAAAUGUACGGGAUCAUGGACAGAGGUUCCGACCGAGGAUGGCAUGUCUCAAAAAGGUGGAGGCUGUGAUGCUGGAGAUGCAGGAUCCAAAGACUGGAGUCAAGUCACAACCCCAGAAACUGGUUAUCACUACUAUACCGCACGCUAUCACAGGUGAGGAUGUCGUGACAUGGCUAGCCAACCGUUACACUAUAGAGGCAGAAGAAGCGUGGGCUCUGGGCACCAUGUUGGUGGCGUUUGGGUAUAUCUAUCCCCUCCAGGAUCAUAAACGACUAGUCAUCAAACCAGACACAGCCCUCUACCGCUUUCAGACACCAUACUUUUGGCCGGCCCAGCAGUGGCCUGUAGAGGACACAGACUAUGCAAUCUACCUGGCCAAGAGAAACAUCCGCAAGAAAGGAGUUCUAGAGAUGCAUGAACAGGAGCAGUAUAACAGCCUUCACAAGUGGAUGAACCAUAAAUGGGACUUCAUUGUGAUGCAGGCUAAAGAACAGUACAGGGCGGGGAAGGAGAGGAAGAAGCCUGAUCGUGCGGUAUUUGACUGCCAGGAGAGAGCCUACUGGGUUGUACACAGACCUCCGCCAGGGACCGUCAGUGCAAUGGACUACGGACUAGAACGCAUGGUAGACCCCAACGCAGAGGAGAAAGAAACUUCAGACUUCUUCAGAAGAAUUAUGAUUUUUACCCAGCAGUCCAUCAUGAGGCCGAGGGUCAAGUCGUCUGUCUCUAUCGGAGCUCUGGUGAAAUACUCUAUCACCUGUAAUAAGCACGACCCUUUCCUAGCCCCCUGUCUCCCUAGCAACCCCUGGGUCACCGAUGAUGUCACCUACUGGUUGCUCAACAUGGCCAAUGUGGAUGUUCCUACUAAGAUGCGUGUGGAGAGGUGGACGUUCAGUUUCGGGGAGCUGCUCUCUGACCCUCGAGGCAGAGAUGACUUCAGACUCUUCCUCAAGAAGGAGUUCAGCGGUGAGAACCUGGCAUUCUGGGAGGCAUGUGAGGAUCUGAAGUGGGGAACGGCUGCUACCAUGAACGAGAAGGCCCAGCAGGUCUACAAGACUUUCUUGACGCGUGGCGCCCCCCGGUGGAUCAACAUUGACGGGAAGACCAUGGAGGUGACAGUUAAAGGGUUGAAACACCCUCACAGAUACGUAUUGGAUGCAGCUCAGACACACAUCUUCAUGCUGAUGAAGAAGGACUCUUAUGGGCGGUACCUGAAGUCUCCAGUGUUUAAGGACACUCAGAAGAGGGCCAUCGGUCCUGAUCAACACAGGUUCAGUGUGUCCCAGUUGGAGGCCAAUGCGAGGAAGCGUCGUCCCAGCAUCAGUCCCAUCAUCGUCCGCCAGCAGGAGAAGGAGGAGAGAGCCAGGAUGGCCACCAGUGGCCCUGUGGACAUCACACAGGUCAUGAGUAAACUCAGCAACAAGGGCAAGGAGGUGCCCCCACCCAAAAAAUAGACCACAGACAUACUAACAUGCAUUGACAUAAAUACACACACUUCUAGAAGCACAACUACACACACAUAGGCUACACACCCAAUGAAAAUUAAUCAAUGUUGUUGCUAUCUUUAAAAAUAGUUUGGAGGACAGCAGCGCUGACGAUUUGUGAAGAUUUGAAAUUAAAAUGUGCAAUUUUGAAUUUCUAUGAACUGUAUACUAGAAGAACCGUAGUCUGACUGUCCACAGACCGUUACAUGUAAAGUUAGUAAGUGUUUUCUGUUCACAUUAUUGUAGAAAAUUAUAGUAAAUGUCACAGAUGAUAGUGUUUUAGUCUUGAUGGUAUGUUCACCUGCGUCUCACCGGUACCUGCGUCUCUCACCUCUCUUUCAAUGUCAUUCAGCUUCAUGUUCCACCUAUAGGGACAUAUCUGCGUUGUUCCACCAAUAGGGACAUAUCUGCGUUGUUCCACCAAUAGGGACAUAUCUGCGUUGUUCCACCAAUAGAGUGCCACUUAUGUCCCUCAGACAUUGUGUGUACAUAAACCCCGGUAAACAAUGCCAAUAGCAGUGCUUUCUCAUUCAAAUAAAUUGUGUUUUAACUGAAAAUUCCCAUUUUGGCAUGUCGCAAGUCAUGUUUGUCCAACUUCUAGGAAGAUUUUAACCCCAAGAUCUUCCCAAAGUUUUCACCAUCAGUCCGAGUUCUUUUGUUGCUUAGGGAAAGAUCUUAUUUAAUGUGAUUAAUUUAAUUUACAUUUAAAGGGUUUAUUUCCAAAAUGCUAUACCCACCAAUUUUUCCAAAUUUGCGUUUUUGUUUAAUCAGAAAUGGUUGCUUAUGGGAGCCCUCCUGUGUGUACAAUAUUACUGUUCUAAGUUGUUUAAUUAGUAUAUAUAUUUUUUUAAAGAAGUUUUGCCAUACGGUAUAAAUCCAUUAUUUAGCUGGAAUGAAAUGUUCGUAUUCUGUAUUUGACUGUGAUAGGUGGUUGUCUCACCUAGAUAUCUUAAGAUAAAUUGAGUAACUGUCAAUUGCUCUAAAUAAGAGCAUCUGCUAUAUAUUAUUACUGUGUAAAACCUAGCAGUACUACUGAUUUCUCUGAGAGUGAGGCAGAUAUAUAUUAUUACUGUGUAAAACCUAGCAGUACUACUGAUUUCUCUGAGAGUGAGGCAGAUAUAUAUUAUUACUGUGUAAAACCUAGCAGUACUACUGAUUUCUCUGAGAGUGAGGCAGAUAUAUAUUAUUACUGUGUUAAACCUAGCAGUACUACUGAUUUCUCUGAGAGUGAGGCAGAUAUAUAUUAUUACUGUGUUAAACCUAGCAGUACUACUGAUUUCUCUGAGAGUGAGGCAGAUAUAUAUUAUUACUGUGUUAAACCUAGCAGUACUACUGAUUUCUCUGAGAGUGAGGCAGAUAUAUAUUAUUACUGUGUAAAACCUAGCAGUACUACUGAUUUCUCUGAGAGUGAGGCAGAUAUAUAUUAUUACUGUGUUAAACCUAGCAGUACUACUGAUUUCUCUGAGAGUGAGGCAGAUAUAUAUUAUUACUGUGUAAAACCUAGCAGUACUACUGAUUUCUCUGAGAGUGAGGCAGAUAUAUAUUAUUACUGUGUUAAACCUAGCAGUACUACUGAUUUCUCUGAGAGUGAGGCGGAUAUAUAUUAUUACUGUGUAAAACCUAGCAGUACUACUGAUUUCUCUGAGAGUGAGGCGGAUAUAUAUUAUUACUGUGUUAAACCUAGCAGUACUACUGAAUUCUCUGAGAGUGAGGCGGAUAUAUAGCGUUUAGCAAAAAACAUGAUUAUUUGUCUCUGAAAUGAAACCAUCAAGUGACAGAUGAUUUAAAAAAAAGACAUGUCUGUCAUUGAACAACCCCAUGCCAUGAUUAGAUGGUGUGUUUUUCCACUAAUCUCAUUCAUAAGUUCUUCAAACAAUAAAGGUACAAUAAAAUAAAAUAUAUAGCAUUUUGGAAAUAAACUCUUAAUUUGUCCCUCAGGGUUAACCCUGUAACGUGAACUCAACUCUUGUGUUAAUAUGUUAACACUAUUCCCUUUUUGAAGAAACAUUGAACAUUUAAUAGCAGUUGAGAUGGCUCUACUUCUUCUGGCCAUUUUCUGGUGUUUUGUGGUGGAAAACUGAGAACAUCAACCCUGUUACCCAUAGAUACACUACAUGACAAAAAGUAUGUGGACACCUCGUUGAACAUCUCAUUCCAAAGUCAUGGCCAUUAAUAUGGAGUUGGUUCCCCCGUUGCUGCUAUAACAGCCUCCACUCUUCUGGGAAGGCUUUCCACUAGAUGUUGGAACAUUGCUGUGGGUUGAAGUCAGGGCUCGGUGCAGGCCAGUCAAGUUCUUCCACGCCGAUCUCGACAAACCAUUUCUGUAUGGACCUCGGCUCUGUGCACGGGGGCAUUGUCAUGUUGAAAGAGGAAAGGGCCCCAAACUGUUGCCACAAAGUUGGAACCACAGAAUUCUCUAGAAUGUCAUUAUAUGCUGUGGUGUUAUGAUGACAGGGGACGCAGCUCUGUUGCAUCCUGCAGUGUGUGUGACGUUUGGUGUGGUUUGCGUUUGGGUGGCGUUCUUUGAUGUUUUUAAUUAGACCCAAGCCACCCCCUGUACCUGGACUUUGAACUACUCCCCUCUGGGCGCAGGUAUAGGGCACCCCUCAGCAGGAAAAACAGAACUAGACAAUCAUUUGUGCCAGGUGUGAUAUCCCUCCUAAAUAGCUUGGGCUAAUGUUCCUAUCGACUCAGUAAGGCCAGCAGGCUAGUCUUUAUAUAUAUAGUCUUAAAUAUGUUUUAUUGGUAUGUAACUGUUAUGAAAGUUGUAUUGUCAAUUUUGUUUUGUAUUUAAACGCCACUUUAAACGUGUACAUGACACUGCAACAAAAAUGUCUCCAUUGGGACAAUGAAGUCAGUAAUUGUUAAGAUUUCCCUUCACUGGAACUAAGGGGCCUUAACCAUUAUUCCUCAUCCACCAAACUUUACAGUUGGCACUAUGCAUUCGAGCAGGAAGCAUUCUUCUGGCAUCUGCCAAACCCAGAUUAGUCCGUCGGACUGCCAGAUGGUGAAGCGUGAUUCAUCACUCUAGAGAGCGUGUUUUCACUGCUCCAGAGUCCAAUGGCGGCAACCUUUACACCACUCCAGCUGGAGUUUGGCAUUGUGAAUGGUGGUCUUAGGCUUGUGUGCGGCUGUUUGACCAUGGAAUCCCAUUUCAUGAAGCUCCUGAAGAACAGUUCUUGUGCUGACGUUGCUUCCAGAGGCAGUUUAGAACUCAGUAGUGAGUGUUGCAACCGAGGACAGACGAUUGUUACGCGCUUCAAUACACGGCGGUCCCAUUCUGUGAGCUUGUGUGGCCUACCACUUCGCGGCUGAGCCCUUGUUGCUCCUAGACAUUUCCCAGUUCACAAUAACAGCACUUACAGUUGACCAGGGCAGCUCUAGUUGGGCAGAAAUUUGAUGAACUGGCUUAUUGGAAAGGUGGCAUCCUAUGACGGUGCCACGUUGAAAGUCACUGAGCUCUUCAGUAAGGCCAAUCUUUGUCUAUGGAGAUUGCAUGGCAUGCUCGAUUUUAUACACCUCUCGGCAACAGGUGUGGCUGAAUUAGCCAAAUCCACUAAUUUGAAGGGGUGUCCACAUACUUUUGUAUAUAUAUAUUGUAGAUAGGCUAGAAAUGUUUAAAAAAUAUUCUAUUUUUUGUGAUUGUUCCUCCCGGUUGCACACAGCAAGCGUCCAUUCCCCCUGUAACAAUGGGAGUUAUGGCUGAUUUAAGAUGAAAUCGUCAACCCUGUUACAGUCAACCCUGUUACAGUCAACCCUGUCAAUAGUCACUUUUAUAGCCAUGCUUUCUUAAUUUGACCUCUUGAGAUGUAACACGUUUAUUGAGAAGUUGGAACGUGUGCUAUUAAUGAUAGAAUGUUCAAAUUUGGUGGAAUAAAAUGAAGAAGAAGAAAAGCCAGUCCCCUAAAGGCAGUCUAUUUGUGGAAUGGCACAUAUGUUGUAUGUCAUUACUGUAACCUACAUGUCUGCACCAUCUAUACAAUAAAGCAUCAAUUACCAGCCA